UUAAACGCCCACCUCUCCAUUGGUGUCACCCGCAUCCUGGCUUUCACUCUCUGCUCUUCUCCCUCCAUUCCCUGCCUCACUCAUUCUGGGAUCCUUUAUUAGCCUUUUAGGUAGGCUCGUUCGCACUCUAUUCUCCAUCUGUCACUCCUGUGUGCGCUUCUGUGUGUGCGGCACAUUUGCGCCAGUCGAUCGCCGACGGGCUCUGAAGUAUGGCUGAGAGAAGUUCUGGUUUGCCCAGCUCAGUCGGUCCAUGUGUCGCCGUUUUCCAUGAUAAAUUCCGCCCCUCCCUCCUAUCGCUCUAUCCAGCUUCCUCUCUGACAUGCCACAAAGAACUACCUCUCAUGCUGUGACUUUAAGAGCAGACACUUGUUCCUUUCUGUCUUGCCGGUGUUUUCAUUAAAGUCCGCCCGCCGUGUGCCUCAUUUCCUCCCCCCUCUCCAUCUCUUUCUCUCUUUCUUUCAACCGUUCCCGCUCAGUCAGACCCUCCAUCAAAGUCCCGGAGGCCUUCACUGCCGCGAUCUCAGCAUGACCAAAGUGCCAUUUCAAAGGCUUUUCAUAUGACACAAGCCAGCCGGUCCUUCCAGGAUGGCAGCCAUGUUGUCAUUCCAUGCUCACUAACCUGUAAUCUGCUUCUCGAGCUGCUCUCUUAGUAUCUGCUGCAGCACCAUUUCCCCCACUGUCUCUCUGUCUGUUCUCCUACUCUACUGGUCCGUCACCUGUGCCCUCCUCUCUCUCUCUCCCCCUCUCUCCCUCCCUUUCUCUCUCUCCCUCCCCUUCUCUCCCUCGCGCUCUCUCUCUCUCUCUCUCUCUCUUUCUUGCGCUCUCUCACUCUUCCUCUGACACACACGCACAAGCACUGAAAUAGAAUGGACUAAAACCCUCGCUGAAUUUUUUUUACCUUUUUAAAGGAUUUUUUUUCUUUUCUCCCCUCAUACUUUCUCUCUGUCACCCCUUUUUCAUCCCUUCAUCUCAAUACAGCCAUUUCUUUCCUCCAUCGACUUUAACCGGUUCAUCCGUUGAUUUGUUUUGUUUUAUUUAUUUUAUUUAUUUUUUCACAUUAGAUAAUCAUAAAUAAGCAUUGUGGUCUCCGCCUCCAUGAAACUCCAUUCAUUUCACAGUUUCAUUUGGGUUCAUUUAAAGGGGGGAAUGCUUUUGUGUUUGAGUAAGUGUUUUUAAAAAAUCAUUUUUAGCAAUACGAGGAUAGGAGGGUGGGGAUUUUGCAGAAAAUUUUAACUGGAUUACCAGCCGACCAAAAACUUGUACCAGAAUUAGUGUGUGUGAGGCAGAAUUUUGGACGUAGCUGGAUAAGUGCAGAAAUUCAUUCUGCCACCUCAUAGUUUCUAUGCUGAUGUUUUGCCUCUUCUGCUAAGAAUAAAUGUUCCACCUCAGCUGUGUUUGAAGUUCGCCGGAGAGGUUUUAUAGAGCUUCUGGUUUAAUAACUGUGAUUAAAUGAGUUUUGGAUUGUCUUUUUUUUUAUUUGUAUGUUUCAUUUUUUGAGGAGUAUAUGUGUGACUGGGAAGGAAUUCCUGUUUGAAACAGUCAUUAUCUUUACAAUUCUGGACUGUAUUUUUCUCUACUGGACUAAAAACUGAUUUUAAUACUUUUUUCUACUAUUAAUUUUAAAUGGAAUUUUCCCAUCCAGGAAUAAGGACCACGUUUUCAGUUUUUAGCAUUACUAUUGAUACAAAUAUGAUGUAAUACUUUUCUCUUUUGAGACAUCUGAAAUGCAAGCUGUGCAUGGAAGGGGUUAAUUAGACUGCCGCCGUGAAGCACCAAGCCGACCGACGCGACAGAUUCGGCGGCGAUGAGAUAAAACGGCGAGGAGGGGACGCAGGACAGCAGAAGAAAGAGAAAACAGCCUGUCCGUUCCACCCGCUUCUUUGGACCUUCCGGAAACUUCCCCCAUACGUCAGUUUCCUUCAGCUGCUCCGUUAUCAGUUCACCCUCCCUCUGUCUGGGGCUAUGAGAGGGAGAGCGGAGUUCCUGGUCACUCCAUCAUGCCAGUUCUGAGAAGCAGGGAUGAGAUCCGGGCUGGCAGUUCACAAGGGAUUACGUCUCCACUCCUCCGUCAUGCCUGCGUGCCACGGUCGUCCGUCCUCUGCCUCCCAGGACCGUCGUGUCUUUCCCAGGGGCUCCCCGCAUCUCUCCCCACAUUUCUUCCUCCUCUUCCUGUACGUCCUGUCACUGGCCACCCCAGGCACGUGUCGGCGGGACAAGGGCGGACCCGGCGGACAGGAGAGGGGCGGCCCGCACUACAUCCCUGUGGCACCGCCCCCCCCACCGCCCAACAAGCUGGCGCAGGGCCAAAGCAUUGCUGUGGUGCUGGUGGGCAACUCCAGCGAACUGGCGCUGGCUGAGGGCCGCGAGAAGGACGAUUUCCAGCACAUGCCACUGCCGCCCAACGUGGAGCUGGUCACCAUGAAUGAGACGGACCCCAAGAGUAUCAUCACGCGCAUCUGCGAUCUGAUGACCAAGCACUGGCUACAGGGUGUGGUGUUCGGUGACGAUACCGACCAGGAGGCCAUCGCCCAGAUCCUGGACUUCAUCUCGGCCCAGACGCACAUCCCCAUCCUGGGCAUCCGUGGCGGCUCAUCCAUGAUCAUGGCGGCCAAGGAUGACAACUCCAUGUUCUUCCAGUUCGGUCCGUCCAUCGAGCAGCAGGCGUCUGUCAUGUUGAACAUUAUGGAGGAGUACGACUGGUACAUUUUUUCAAUCGUCACCACCUACUAUCCUGGCAAUAAAGACUUUGUGAACAAGAUCCGCAGCACCAUCGACAACAGCUUCGUGGGCUGGGAGCUGGAGGAGGUGCUGCUGCUGGACAUGUCAGUGGACGACGGCGACUCCAAGAUCCAGAACCAGCUGAAGAAGCUGCAGAGCCCAGUCAUCCUGCUCUACUGCACCAAGGAGGAGGCAACCACCAUCUUUGGGGUCGCCCACUCUGUGGGCCUCACGGGAUAUGGCUACACCUGGAUCGUGCCGUCGCUGGUAGCCGGGGAUGCCGACAACGUGCCCACGGAGCUCCCUACGGGUCUGAUCUCUGUGUCAUACGAUGAGUGGGACUACACCCUGGAGGCCCGGGUUCGUGACGGGGUGGCUGUCAUCGCCAUGGCGACCUCCACCAUGAUGCUCGACAGGGGACCACACACCCUUCUGAAGUCUGAGUGCCACGGAGCCCCGGACAAGAAGGGAACUGGCAACCCUAACGAAGUGCUCAGGUACCUCAUGAACGUGACAUUCGAGGGCCGUAACCUGUCCUUCAGCGAGGAUGGGUACCAGAUGCACCCCAAGCUGGUUAUUAUCCUGCUGGACAAGGAGAGGCAGUGGACCAGAGUCGGGAAGUGGGAGAAUGGAUCGCUGAGCAUGAAGUACCACGUGUGGCCUCGCUUUGAGCUGUACUCGGAUGCCGAGGAGCGCCAGGAUGACCACCUGUCCAUCGUCACGCUGGAGGAGGCGCCCUUCGUCAUCGUGGAGGAUGUGGACCCGCUGAGUGGCACCUGCAUGAGGAACACGGUGCCCUGCAGGAAACAGCUCAAAUUCCACAACCAGACCAAAGAAUCCGGCAUCUACAUCAAGCGUUGCUGUAAGGGCUUCUGCAUCGACAUCCUCAAGAAGAUCGCCAAGUCGGUCAAGUUUACCUACGACCUCUACCUGGUGACCAACGGCAAACAUGGCAAGAAGAUCAAUGGCACAUGGAACGGCAUGGUUGGGGAGGUGGUGGUGAAGAAUGCUCACAUGGCGGUGGGUUCCCUCACCAUCAACGAGGAGAGGUCGGAGGUCAUCGACUUCUCCGUGCCGUUCAUAGAGACCGGCAUCAGCGUCAUGGUCUCCCGCAGCAACGGGACGGUCUCCCCCUCUGCCUUCUUGGAGCCCUUCAGUGCGGAUGUGUGGGUGAUGAUGUUUGUGAUGCUGCUGCUGGUGUCGGCGGUCGCUGUCUUCGUGUUCGAGUAUUUCAGCCCGGUUGGGUACAACCGCUGUCUGGCAGAUGGCAGAGAGCCGGGCGGUCCGUCAUUCACCAUCGGCAAGGCCAUCUGGCUGCUCUGGGGCCUGGUGUUCAACAACUCCGUCCCCGUUCAGAACCCCAAGGGAACCACCAGCAAGAUCAUGGUGUCCGUCUGGGCCUUCUUCGCCGUCAUCUUCCUGGCCAGCUACACGGCCAAUCUGGCUGCCUUCAUGAUCCAGGAAGAGUACGUGGACCAAGUGACUGGGCUCAGCGACAAAAAGUUCCAGAGGCCGAACGACUAUGCGCCGCCCUUCCGCUUCGGCACGGUCCCCAACGGCAGCACGGAGAGGAACAUCCGGAACAAUUACAAAGAGAUGCAUACCUACAUGGUCAAGUUCCACCAGAAGAACGUGGACGAGGCGCUGUACAGCCUAAAGACCGGCAAGCUGGACGCCUUCAUAUACGACGCAGCCGUGCUCAACUACAUGGCUGGCAGGGAUGAAGGCUGUAAGCUGGUCACCAUCGGCAGCGGAUACAUCUUCGCCACCACAGGCUACGGCAUCGCGAUUCAGAAGGACUCUGGUUGGAAGAGAUCGGUGGACCUGGCCAUCCUGCAGCUCUUCGGAGAUGGUGAAAUGGAGGAACUGGAGGCGCUUUGGCUGACUGGCAUCUGCCACCACGAAAAGAACGAAGUGAUGAGCAGCCAGCUGGACAUCGACAACAUGGCAGGGGUUUUCUACAUGCUGGGGGCGGCCAUGGCGCUCUCACUCAUCACCUUCAUCUGCGAGCACCUCUUCUUUUGGCAGCUGCGCUUCUGCUUCAUGGGUGUCUGCUCCGGCAAGCCCGGCAUCACAUACUCCAUUAGCAGGGAAAUCUACAGCUGCAUCCAUGGUGUCCAGAUCGAGGAGACCAAGUCUCCCAUGAAUUCACCUUCAGCUACCAUGAACAACACGCAUUCCAACAUCAUGCGGCUGCUGCGAACGGCCAAGAACAUGGCCUCGCUCUCGGGGGUCAACGGCUCACCACACAGUGCGUUGGACUUCAUCCGGCGCGAAUCAUCUGUCUACGACAUCUCAGAGCAUCGGCGCAGCCUGGCUGGCCACUCAGACUGCAAGCCGCCCUACCUGGCUGAGGACAACAUGUUUAGCGACUACAUCAGCGAGGUGGAGAGGACGUUUGGGAACCUGCAGUUGAAGGACAGCAACCUGUACCAAGACCACUAUCUGCACCACUACCCGGGUUCGGGGUCCGGGCUAGCCUUGGGCAUGUCCGGGCCCCCACCCAAUAGACCACAUAGUCUUGGGAGUGCAAGUUCAUUGGAGGGUGGCAUGUUUGACUGUGAUAGUCUCGGGGGUGGGGUGGCCCCAAUUUUCACCACUCAACCUCGACCCUCUCUGACACACAGAAACAAUAAUAAGUUUGACCUGAUUGCUGGCCAGACCCCGUCCUCUGGUCAAGGGUUUAAGCAAGGAUUAGCGGACCUUUACGGGAAAUUCUCUUUCAAAGGUGCAGCCUCCAGCUCUGGGUUUAUUGCGGGACAGGACCGGUACUGUGGGGGAGGAUUCGGUGGGGGCGGAGAUGAUGGGAACAUUCGGUCAGACGUGUCAGAUAUUUCCACACACACGGUCACCUACGGCAACCUGGAAGGGAAUGCCAAGAAGCGCAAACAGUAUCGGGACAGCCUGAAAAAGAGGCCUGCCUCGGCUAAAUCGAGACGGGAGCUGGAUGAGAUCGAGCUUGGGUACAGGAGGCGGCCCCACCACUCUGCACACCACCACUACCAUGGGUCCGAAGCCCACCGCUCGGCCUCCCCACCCCUGUUUCCAUUGGACCGGAAGUCCCAAAGAGGGACAGGAGGUACUGGUGGUAACUGCUCUUCAUAUAUGUUCCGUGACAAAGAGGGCUUAAGGGACUUCUACUUGGACCAAUUUCGGCCAAAGGAAGGGGUGCCUCAAUGGGAGCAUGUGGAUUUGACUGAUGGUCCUGGAGGUGGUGGAGGAGGCCUGGUGAGUGGAGCAGGUGGGUGUGGUGCUGGUGGUGUGGCCGGAGCGGGGGGUAACUGUACCAGUCUGGUGCCGGUGGACGACUUCAUGAAAGGCAAAGGCAAGAAGCCAGACUGUAAGAGUGGCGUGGUGGGCGGAGUGAACGCAGGUGCCUCUGGUCCACAGACUGUCCCAGGGGUCACCAGCGGAGGACUGGCUGGGGGGGAUUGGGAGUGCCGAAACUGCCGUGCAGGUGCAGGCGUCAAGCAGAUGUCCCUGCAUGGCAGUGGAGUAAGUGGGGGCGGAGUGUAUUCAGGAGGACCUGGAGUAGGCAGCUGCGGAACCUCAGUGGGCGGAGUAGUGGGUGGUAACAGUCGUCCCAGUUCAGCCACCUGCAUGCGGUGUGAAGCCUGCAAGAAGACAAGCAACUUGUAUGACAUCAGUGAGGACAACAACCACCUUUUGGAACAACUUGGUGGAGGAAUGGGAGGCGUUGGAGCUGGGGGGGUACAGUCACAGACCCAGGCCCAGCGGAGGAAAUCUGGGCUGGGUGGCAAGGCUUUGCGACGGCAACACUCAUAUGACACCUUUGUAGACCUGCAGAAAGAGGAGGCUGGCGGAGUUGGGGUCAUGGGGGGAGUGGGCAUGGGGGGUAUGGGAGCUGGAGGCGCGGGGGGGAUGAUGCCCCCACCCAGGAGUGUGAGCCUGAAAGACAAAGAUCGCUUCGCGGAGGGCGGGAGUCCAUAUGCCCACAUGUUUGAACGACACGGAGGAUCGGAAAGAGACCAUGACAGAGAUCCACUCUUCUUUGGUGGGGAGAGGGCAAAGGGGGGCUCCCCCUUUGGGCUGUUCCGAGGGGGUGAGGGAGGCCUGCAUCGUCGAUCAGUGGGGGAGAGAGACAGCAGGGAUAGGGAGAGGGAGAUGAUGGGAGGUGGAGGAGGUGGUGGAGGGGCGUAUUCCUUGUCUCAAUCCCUCUACCCUGACAAGGUGAACCAAAAUCCCUUUAUCCCUACCUUUGGGGAUGACCAGUGCCUCCUUCAUGGAGCCAAAUCGUACUACAUAAAGAAGCAGCAGCAGCAACAGCAGCAGCAGCAGCAGCUCAUGAAGGGUAGCCGGAGUGACUUCAGGGGCUCUAUGGGCGUGACUUCCUUCCUGCCCGCGUCUGCCACAGCCGGGGUAAUGGCCAACGUGGCCCCAAGGUUCCCCAAGGAGCUGUGCCUUGGUGGGGUAGGUGGCGGCCUGGGGAACCACCUCGGGGGCCCCAGCAACAACAAGCUACUGCCGUCACGGGACGGGCUGGGCUUGGGCCAGGUACAGAGGUCCUUCAACACCUCCAGCAAUGGGCACGUGUAUGAGAAGCUGUCCAGCAUAGAGUCUGAUGUGUGAGGGGCUGGGGUGGGGGGACGGGGUGUUUUGGCGUGGCGGGAGCUGGGCUUGAAGGGGCGAGGAUAGCCACAUGGUAACCAUAACCGUCAAAAAAGCAGAGGAGUGAGAAUCAUGGGGUGGGGGAAGGGAGCAGGAUAGAGUGAAUGUGAAGAAAAGCAGGAAAAUGAGAGGAGAGAGCAGUCUGUUGCAUAGGGGCCAGGAUGUCUUACCUUCCAACGUGGGAUCAGCUGAAUGAGAGAAAAACUGGAACAUGGACGGCUGUGAUUUCAGUCUGCCUCCAGCGCGGCUCGGCGUCCGCUUCCCGUCAUGACAGAAGAGUCUCAAGUGUAGCCAUCCAGGAGAACGACAAUGAAAAAGGGCUGUAUGAACAACACAGAAACGGGGGCUUCAGUGUCAUACCGCUGAAUUCAAAGCCAGACAGCAGAUAAAUCAAGGGGGGGCACAUGAUCAAAAUGGUUUCUCAGGCAGAAGUUAACAGCUCUGGAGAAAUUUGUUUAAUCCGCAUAUCCAUCCAUAGCUCUCUUUUUCCUUUACACCAAAACAAAUGUCAUUGGUCCUUGUUAUAAAAAUUACAAUCAUUAAUGGAAAUAAUUCUUACUAAUUCAUGCUGAAGCGACAGGGUAAAAGCAACAUUAAUGCUAAUUGUGAAUAAUGACGAUAGUACUGAUGUUCAUAAUAAUGCUUAAGGUUGAUUUUGAAUACUUUACGCUGUUUAGUAUUUGUUGCUGUUUAUUAGCUGACUACUGCAGGAAGCUCGUUGUCUAAUUAAAUGAACAAACCGGAAGAGAGAGAAAGCUAUUAAGUUUUCUGCUUUGUUUUUAUGAUAUCCGUGCUCAUCUCUUUGAAGUUUUCGAACAGUGUGAGGUGAAAGAUUUGCACAGUGCAAAUAGUACAUGGAGGCUAUGGUUGGGACAUUCCUUUUCUGGCAUUCCGACAUAUAUUCCGACAUAUCUGUGAAAUGCUUAAUUAAAGGGGUGUCUUGCUAAAGGAUUUUUGAGUAGGAUGUGCCUUAUGGUGUCAAAGAGUUGAAGAACUGAGUGGCAUGAUGAUCAUUGUAAUUGUGAAACAUCUUGUCUGAGAAUAUUUGGCUGAAUGGGUUUGCAGUAUUCCAUGCGUGCCAUAGGUUUACGGUAUUUUUUGGUUGUAUGUGCCAUAGGUUUGCAAUAUUCUAUGGUAUAUGUUGUGGGUUUGCAGCAAUCUAUGGUAUAUUCUGUGGCUUUGUGGUGUUCUAUGGUAUAUACCUUAGGUUUGCAGAAUUCUGUGUUAUAUGGCAUAAGUUAGCAGUAUUCUAUGGUAGGGGCUCCCAACCUUUUGGUGUCAGUGGAGCGGUUUACGUUUUACAAAAACAUCAUGGGCUGGUAAAAUGCCAGGGGGCAGGGGGUGAUUGUGGGUGGAUCAGUCACUGAUUUUAUAAGUUGGACAGUUUCCUUUUAUUUCAGAUGUGAACAGAACAUGUGAAGGUGAGGGGUCAUUAAAAAAAUUAAAGUAUAUAAUUUAUUUUUGGAAAUUUAACUAACCUCUCUACAAAACCCCCAGAUUUCCAUGGAGGGAUGGAAUACUGGCAAUGGACCAGUUUUGUUAGGUUGGGAGCCCCUAUCCUAUGGUAUAUUCCAUAGGUUUACAGUAUUCUAUGGUAUAUUCCAUAGGUUUGCAGUAUUCUAUGGUAUAUGCCAUAGGUUUGCAGUAUUCUAUGGUAUAUGCCAUAGGUUUGCAGUAUUCUACUUUUCAUGCUGUAGGUUUGCAGUAUUCUAUGGUAUAUGCUCCAUAUAUAUUGCAGUACAGCACAGACUGCUAUUUGAGAAACACCAGCUGUGUGGAUAAGAAAGAUAGAACCCUUAAAGCAGACUGACUCACACGUCUUAAAACAUUAUACUUUCCUUUAGAUUCAUAAAGCCUGGCUGUUUACACAAGCUCUUCUGGCUAAGUGUGUCACCCAAGGGUACAACUGCAGUAUCCGUGCUGGAAUUACAUCCCAGAACUUUCUGGUCACAUGUUAAAGUCAGAGCAGGUCAUACAGUGUUGUGGAAGUUACUGAAAAUGAACACGCUGAUGUUUAGAGGAAAGUUCUUUUCUGCAUCACGUGGUUGAAAAUGGUAGAUGAGAGUAUUGAAAAUUAACAUACCUGAAGUGUCAGGUAGUUUAAAUAUAAAUAUACUGAUAAAUAGAUUUCAGAGUGAACAGAGCAUAUAUUAUCUGUUGGUUAAAUAUGAAAUGUGUCCUCAAGGCGUGUCUGAAUUUUAAGGGCUGCAGGAGGAAGAGUUAAAGGGCUGAAUGGAAAAUAAAAACGCGAAAAGGAUGUUUUGUUGAAAGACUGUGUGACCAAGACAAUUUCCAGGUUGAGGGUGAUCUGCAAUGCUCAUUAACACCAUUACAUUGGGAGCCGAUGGAAGAUGGCUAGUUGAUUAGUAUUAUUUAUAUAAACCUACUGACAGAAGAACCGAUUAUUUCACUUUUCCUCCCGUCUCUAAAUAGCUCUAUAAAUAUCUUUUGCAUUUUGUAUAAAGUCUUUUAAACACUUUUCCGAAAGGAUGAAGUUUUGGAAAGGAAUAAAGGAAGGUUGUUAGAAUUGGUGGGCGUCAGCUAAAGUAUGUUAAUUUUUUUUUUCACUGUAAAUACAUUUAAAAAGACUCUCUUCAUGCUGUACAGUUAGAUGACAGCCAGGAUGUAAGAUGUAUGUUUUAAGAAAUGAAGCAGAAAAAAAAUUAAAAAUCAUAAAAAUGGAAAAGAAAAAUAUGCAAAUGACAUAAAAAUAUUUACAAUUAUGGAAAUAAGUUACUAUUUUGUUUUUAAAUAUCAUGCUUAUUACUUAAUUGUUCAUUACUGUUGUUAUUAUUUUAAGAAUAUACUUUUGAGAAUUUUAAGAAUAUACUUUUAUCAAGGUAUUGAAAACAGGAUGUAAUAAAUAUAGAAGUUCAGUGUGAAAAGAAAAAAUGUAGUUUAGGGGUAACUGCAGAAAUUCCCUCAUUUUAGUGUCAUUAAUGCAUUAGGAACACAUUCAUUGAAAGCAUAUUACGUCUAUACAUGCAUGUAAUAUAGUAUUAUGUGUAUGUAUGGAGACUCCUGAAGUGUCGUAAUCCUUCAUGUAUACAGUAAUUCUUCAUUUUAAAUAGCACUAUAGUUGUGGGAAACUACCGUAAUUACAGGCAUUGGCUGCUGAGCCGAUUUUGAUAAUGACUCAAAGUAAAAACUGGCUCAAUGUCUGCAACUGAAGGUACCAGCGAGUUCUCUAAAUACGAAGUUGGAUACUCUGCAAUAGCAUACAGUAUAGUUAACCUUUUCCUAUUGGUUACAGAUACACUUUUGACAGCCGUCUAAAACUACGGUGCGCAAAAUUGGUUUAUUACAUGCAUUAGGAUACAAAUUUGUCCGUUUUUUUAUUAUUAAUGCGAAGUAAAAAUAUGUUUUUGCAAACAUCACAAAACAUUCAAAUGUCAGACAUAUCUAUAUAUAGUAUAUAAUAAUGUAGUUAAAUUAACACACACGUGGAUAUAUUGCCAUAUAUAAAACUGAUUUUUUUUUUACAGGAACCAUUUGCUGACCAUAUAUAAAAGAAAUGUCAUUUAUAAGCUAUAUAUACUGAGGAAGUUAUAUUGAUUUUAUUUUAUAGAUUCUCUGUCAUUCACGUCGACAUUAAAAUGAGGAUUAUUGGUGUGUUUGUUGUCAGGAUUUCUAUUAUAGCCCGCCGUCCCGUUUUUUUAAAUCUAUUUUCCGUCUUGGAGGAAUAUGGAGGGAACUUGGAAAGGGCGACAACAUCGACUUGAAACAUUUUAGACAAAUGUAUUGGUAGCUGGUCUGUUAAGAUGUAUUCAUGUCUACUGGGUGUCUGCGUGCUGAAAAUUGGGGUGGUAACUGCACAGGCUAUGAGCUUUUAUCGAUGAAAAGUUUGUUUUUGUUACCCGACUUGAUUAAUUGAUAGCUAUUCAUUUGCAAUAAACCACAUGGCCUCUUAGAGCAAUUCAUUCUGAACAGUUUCUAUCCAUUAAUCUCAAGCUAACUAAUUCCUGCUGGUAGGAUCGAAAAGUGUGAUUGGGAUUGAUAGUGGUGCCCCAGAAAUAUACGUCUUUAGUACAUUACUGGCCAACAUAUUUUAGAACUUCUUUUAAUUUCUGAGAAAUUGCUUUGACAAUAUGCUCGUGAUUCGGGUGUAAUUACUUUAACAAUUGCGCCAUCUACAAAGUGCAGCUAAACAUUCAUAAUCGAUAUCUAUAUUCACUCUGUCUGGAAUGACCAGGCUUGUAAGUGGUCCAAAUUAAGCGACCGCUUCUCCUUCAAUGACGUCAGCGGAGUACAAAGCAUCAACUACAGGUUCGGCUGGAAGCUGGGUGGGCGCAGGCAUAAAUAAAGGAUGAAGCCGUGUGGCGGGCCUAUACUCAGUGGGAACUUGCCGAAAUGUCUGCUGUUAAAAAUAGCAGUAGCCUAUUACAUAUAGGUACACCUACAGAUGUUACCCAGGAAUUAUGUGAAACCAACACCAUAUACGGAGUAUGUGCAUUUACAGUUUCAGAUAUUUAUAUAAAAAUUUUUCAUAGUAAUGACGAUUUAUAACAAUAACGGUCCUGUUAAUAUUAACCAUAAUAGCCGUGUACAUUGUAGUGAUUUGUUCUGUUGUUAAAUUUUAAGCCUAUUGAAAUUUAUUUGCCCUCAUUUGGGGUGAAUUAGAUUUUGAAUAUAUCAAUCAAAACGGCAGUGAUAGGGACGGUUAAAAACAUAGUCACAGGAUGUAGAAUAGACCUACACGACGUUGUCUUUUUCUUCUUUUUAAUUUUCUAUGAAAACGCCCGCCAUUCACGUGAGCGGUGUACGGGUGAGCGCUGCUUUACUCGUCCUCAGAUGUACAUGUGCUGUCCGCGUUCCGCCGCCCCCCUUCGUUAUUACGGUUGAUGCUCUUGGUGUGCGCGCGCGGUCGCUCGUGCCAGAUUAGACGUCCGCGAAAAGUGCGUGUGUGUGAACAAGGCUGUGAGUAUACGCUUUGCCCCGAUUCUUUCUGUAAAUAAUAAUUUCCAUUACAGUUCGUGUCCUGAUGUCUUUGCAUAAUAAAAAAAAAUCAAAAAUGUGUUUUUUAACAAAAGUCAUUUUAAAAAGGUAACAUUUUGGGAUUUAGGGUUGACUGGAAGAGUAUUUUCUAAAAAAGGAAAAAUAACACGAAAAAUGGAUGGUGAGUUUUCAGAGAGCGCAAUCGCUGGUGGUCUAAAAAUAUCUGCCCACUGAAUAUGACCAAUUAACCAUUGGGCCUUUCUCUGUACAGUAUAUGCUCCUUCCUUAAUCACGCCUGUCACUGGCAGAGGCACGUGACAGGAUCAUGUACUCUCCACUUAAUACUUUUUAUUCAGUCUAUUUUUUGUUCUUUAUUUGGUCGUCCCUUCAAAAUGUUACCAAAAUUUUCACAACGUAAAAUGAAAACCGAUUAAAAAAUUAAUAACUGUACAGAUUGUGUAAAUAUGAAUAUGGGAAAAUUACAUUUAUUCCUUCAUUUUUUGUAUUGAAGUAAAUAAACCACAAUAAUAAAUUAACUAAUUAAUUGCAAAAAAGCAAAAUGUAUUCAGAAUGGUACUUAUAAUAUCGACAAUACUGACAUGUACGACAAUAAGUGCUAAAAUAUGAUUCUUCUGUCUCUUUGUACAAAAUAAACAAAUUAAAAGUGUUGAGUA